AUGCGUUGCUAUUAUGAACUUUUAGGAGUUGAAAAAACCGCUGACGCUGAUGAAAUUAAAAAGGCUUUUCGUAAAGCUUCACUUAUCUGGCAUCCAGAUAAAAAUCAGUCACCAGACGCCACAUCCAAGUUUCAAGAGCUACAAGAAGCAUAUCGAGUUUUAUCAGACAUUCAAGAACGCGCUUGGUAUGAUCGUCAUAGAGAUCAAAUUCUUCGUGGUGGUCAAGGUGGUAUUGCUGGUGAAUACACGGAAGAACGUUUGGACGUAUAUAAGUACUUCACGCGUUCCUGUUUUACCGAUUUUGAUGAUGGACCAAAUGGUUUUUAUACUGUCUUCCGAAAUGUCUUCGAACAAAUAGCUGAUGAAGAACGACGGGCCUCGGAUAAAUUUCAUCAGUUAGAUAGUGACGAGGAGGAUACAUUUUUUCCAACGUUUGGUCGAUCAGAUAGCGGUUAUGAAACAAUUGUUCGACCGUUUUAUACUUUCUGGGAGGGUUUUUCAACCGGAAAAUCUUAUGCGUGGGCUGAGAAAUAUGCCACUCGUGGACUUUCCUCCAGGAUGGAGAGGCGUGCAGCUGAAGCAGAGAAUCGUCGACUGCGAGAUGCCGCCAAGAAGGAGCGAAAUGACGAGAUUCGUGCUCUAGUGGCCCACGUUCGACGCCGGGAUAAGCGUGUGGAGGCUGAGCGGGACCGUGUGAGGGCCGCUGCUAUGGAGGUGCACGAGAAAACUCGGGAACAGGCCACGAAAAUUCGACAAAAAAACAUUGCCGAGUUAGAAGUGGAAUGGGCGGACGCAAUGGCAACAGGUGGUUUGAGCUCUCAAUGGGAGUCUGACUUCCAGAAGGAACUCGAUAGACUUGAAGCUCGGUUCAGCGAUGCAAGUGAGACCAACUCCAUCUCCUCGGAGGCUACUGGUUGUGGCGAAAAUGGUGAUGUCAAUGGCGACGCUUCUUCCCUCGUGGACGAAAAUCAUGACGUGGGGGAGGCGCAUAGGCUCUACUGUGUUUGGUGUGACAAGGUUUUUACAACAAUUGGAGCGAAACUCAAUCACGAGGCAUCAAAGAAGCACAAGAAACAAGUGGAAGUGCUCAGUGCUAUGAUAGAUGAAGAGAUUCAUGAAAAUGCAGCGGCUGACGUCAAUUCUGAGGCCGAUGGUGAAGACUGCACGGAGUUAAAUGAUCUGCCAAAACAAGAGGUGAAGCUGACUAAACGAGCUAAAAAGACCUUGAGGAGACAACAACGAGAUGCCAAGAGAGAUGAGGCAGUGGAGUGUAAUCUUUAUUGGCCCAAUAUCGAUGCUUUGUCUUCAUCGUCUUCAGACGACUCGGUCGAAUCUGUUUAUCAUUCGGAUUCCGAAACGGAGAAGCCACCGGUUCUCAAGGGGAAACUGGCAAAGCCAAAAAGACCAAGGCGACGACGACAAAGAGUUGCGGACUCUCAGGUUCCAGAACAAAUCGUAAAUUCCGAGAUCCGGGUGGAUGUAGAAGAGCAGGAAGUAACCAUUGUUGUCUCCUCGUCUAAUACUAAAACUCAGAAAAUGUCUUGCUCUCAGACUGGCAAGUGCAAAGUGCUUUUUUGA